GACUGCAAAGCAUGGUGACACUGGUAGAGACAUGGAUGCCAUAAUAUACGCUGUAUGCGUGGUGUCUAUGAAAUUGAAAUAUUUUUGUGUUGUUGCUAACCAACAAAAAUUAGCUCAAAACAUCAAUGCUGCUUUUGUCGAUUGGUUGUCUGCAAAGAAUAAUGAAAAAGCAUACAAGAUUAUGAAAGAACAAUCAUCUAGAUCCAGACUGUACACUUUCAUUAUGAUAUAUUCAUGUUACAUAUGUGGUUUCCUUUACAUAAUAUCUGUCGCUGUUGUAAACGUAAAAGAAAUAAUUUUCAAAGCCCAAAUGAUGAAUACAUCAAAUGGUAAUAUUAGUUUACCAGAAAGGAUAUAUAUAAUCCCAUCUGGUGAUAUUGGUGAUAAUAUGACAACUUUGCAGUACACAAUGUUCACCAUCUUGCAUACUGUUCAAUUGCUGUCAAUAUGUACAGCAAUAUCUACUCUGGACAGUUUUUUCAUUAAUGUUACUCUACAUAUCUCUGGUCAACUUAAAGUGCUUGAAACAAAAUUUAAAACUUUAACAAGCAAGCCAGAUGCUCUGCUAAUCUAUCGAAAGCAAUUUAUUAAGUUGAUUAAUAGACACUGCGAAUUAAUGGAGCACAAUCAGAAUAUAGAAGAUACGUUCCAUUUGAUUAUAUUAUACCAACUUGUUACAGUAACUCUCCUAUUCGCACUUUCAGGAAUACGUAUACUAAUUUACUUAAGAAAUGGUAUUUAUUUUGAAUCAGCGAAAACUGGUCUAAUCAUAAACUACCUGUUUAUGCAAUCGCUGUUGUAUUGUUGGGGCGGUGAUUUUAUACAAAGAGGAAGUACAGGAAUAUUCCAUGCAAUGUACACGACUUCCUGGUAUACGCUUCCUCUAACGUUGAUGAAAGACAUGAACUUUGCGUUGAUGAGGUCAGCUCGUUCAUUUCAGCUCACCGGUGGAAAAUUUUUCUACGUUAAUCGCAUGGCGAUGGUGUACGUUCUGAGGACGGCAGCUUCAUACAUUUCGUUUUUGCGAGUGGCUCUGAGAGAAUAAAAGUUAACAAAUCUAAUUAAAAUUUGCAAAAUUAAAAUUAUUUAUUGCUAUACAAAAUUCGUAAAUGCGAUUAAUUAAAAUAUUAUACCUAUACUUAAUUUUUAUAUAUAAUUUGAUUAAUAAUAACGAAAGAAUGAGAAGUUCCAAGUUUUAAAUUCAUAAAUGUAAUAAAGCAAUGGAAACGUUUUUAAAUUUGCACAUUAAUACCCGCGUCAUGCUCUGAUUAGCAUUGACCUGUAUUCAUACAUUUCAAAUUAUAUUUUCAUUGUUA